AUGAUGAAAAUUGCUUUCAACACACCCACAGAGGUGCAAAAAGAGGAGGCGCAGCAAGACGUGGAGGCCCUUGUAAGCCGCACAGUCCAAGCCCAGAUCCUGACCGGCAAGAGUACCAUCUACCAUGGAGAAAUGUGCUUCUUUGAUUCUGAGGCUCCUACAAAUGCCCUCCAAGGAGGGGAACCCUACUUCCUGCCUGUGAUGGAAGAGGCUGACAUUCGUGAGGAUGACAACAUUGCAAUCAUUGAUGUGCCUGUCCCCAGAUUCUCUGAUAGUGACCCUGCAGCAAUUAUUCAUGACUUCAAAAAGGGCAUGGCUGCUUACCUGGACUUGCUGCUUGGGAACUGCUAUCUGGUGCCUCUGAAUAUCUCCAUUGCUAUGCCUCCAAAGAAUCUGGUGGAGCUCUUUGGCAAACUGGCAAGUGGCAAAUACCUGCUUCACACUUAUGUGGUUCAUGAAGAUCUGGUUGCUGUAGAAGAGAUUCGUGAUGUUAGUAACCUUGGCAUAUUUAUUUACCAACUUUGCAACAAUCGCAAGUCCUUCCGUCUUCGUAGAAGAGACCUGUUGCUGGGUUUCAACAAGCGUGCCAUUGAUAAGUGCUGGAAGAUUAGACACUUCCCCAGUGAAUUUAUUGUUGAGACCAAGAUCUGUCAAGAGUAA